AUGGCAUUUAAUUACAUACAUUCGUUUUUAAUUAAUUAAUUGUCUAGCUUAGCUAAGCUAAGUAGAAAUAAGAAAAUUAAAAAAAGUAAUUAAAUCUAAUUGAAUAAAAAUAUAUAAUAUAUAAUGAGGCAACUGCCCCACGGGGCAUACAUAAAAUUUUUUAGAUUGGGUCCGGGGCAGAACUACCAGGUUUUUUCAAAUAUUGCUAAAUAAAUAACUGGCCGUCUUUAAUUCCUACUAUAUAUAUUUUUAAGUAUAUGUUUUAAAUAAAAAUAUUAAGUUUAAAUAGUGAAUGUGAUAUCUCUUCAUAAAACAAAAUAAAUUAAUUAAUAUUUGAUAAUUAAUUAAUUAUUAUAUUUAUUUGUUCUUUUUAUCCAUUUAUAAUUAAUUAAUUAAUUAAAUUUCAUAAACUGCUAUUCAAUAUUUUUGAAAAAAAAAAUAAAUGAUAUAAUAGAUUAAAUAUUACGAAGAAUUAGAAGAAUUUAAAAGCUCUUCAUUUUUAUCUCAUUAGGUUCUCCAUAUUAAUCUU